AACUAGCAUUAAAAUAAAUAUGUUAAGGAUGAAUACAAUUUUUUCCCAGUUCUAGUUAUUAAUUGAGUUGAAUUGAACACGUUUAAAUGUUAUCACAAGGUCGUCAAAAGGUUCAUAAACUCGAUUUGGAAAUGUAAUGUGCUUGUAAUAAUCAACCAAAUAUGUCAUUUACAAUUCCACUUUUAAAAUUUAUGGCUUUUUUGGACUUGCUUGCAGUAGGCCUUAUAGUGCCUUUAAUUCCUAACCAUGUAAGGCAAAUGGGUGGUAAUCAUAUUAACAUUGGUCUUCUUGGUUCAAUUUAUGCAGGUUUUCAGCUGGGGUCAGGCCCCUUCAUUGGUAGUCUUAGUGAUAUAAGAGGUCGCAAAGAAAUACUAAUCUUAACAUUGUUAGUAUGUAGUGUUGCUUAUAUGAUACUAGGAUUUACAAAUUCAAUUGCAAUAAUUUUUAUAGUAAGAGCAGUUUUGGGUUUAUUUAAACAAACACAACUAUUGACAAAAGCACUAGUACCAGAUUAUGAGAAAAAUGAAAAAAAGCAGUCUAAUAUUUAUGGAAAAAUGGCUGCUAUAUCUGGUAUGGGAAUAACCCUAGGGCCUAUAAUUGGUGGACAUAUUGUUGAAGAUUAUCCUAUUCAUGGAUUCAGUUUUAUUGGUGGAGCUGUAAGCGUAUGUUUUAUAAUUAAUGCAGGUCUUGCAAUGUUACUACCAAAUGUGAAUACACCUGUUAAAAGGAAAGUUGACAAAAACUCUUCACAAAAUGUUUUCUUAAAAUUGUUAUCAUGUACAAAACAAUCAUUUGUGGAAUUGUCAAAAGUAAAAUGGUCAAAAUAUUGGACCAUAUUUAUGUUUCAAGCUUCUAAUAGUUUUGCUAUGGGAUUGUACUAUUCGAGUUAUGGACUUUACUUAAAAACUCAAUUUGGUCUUACUCCUAAACACAUUGGUUAUGUGGUUUCAGUACAAGGAGUGAUAGGUGCUGUGUCAAGCUUUCUUAUUGGCUAUAUAAAUAGUUUUUAUGGUCAUGAUGAGGGCUAUACAUUAAGAAAUUAUCAUGUAUUUCUCCUUACUACUUCAUCAUUGUUAGGAAUAUGUUUAUCAUUGAAUGUUAUUAUGUAUUCUGUUUUAUUAAUUCCAUUAGCUAUAGGAAAUGCAGUAGGCAGACUGGUAACUUUAGAAAUGGUAUUAAAGAGAAGUCAAGGAGAUCACAGAGGAACUUUAAUAGGUGCCUCAAACAGUGUUAGGUCUUUGUCAGGAGUGAUUGCACCAAUGAUUGCAGGGAUGGUUGGUGAGUUUUUGGGCGUGGAGUAUGUUUUAUAUCCAUCAUUCCUAUCUUUAUUAGUUGGAUUAAUAAUGAGUUAUAAGUACAAAAACAGACAUAUGAAAUUAGAUUAAUAAUUAUUUAAACAUAUAUUUUGUUUUAUGUUAUUAAAAUGUUUAUAAAAUGUU